GAAUCUGAGCCCUGCGGACUCACUGGAAGGGAGGAAGCCAGAUUGUGCCUCUGCAGCGGUGCCAGUGCCAGUGCCAGCUCUUGAGGACCCACAGCCAGAGAUGGGGCCGGUGCUGCCGUGGGGACUGCUGCUGCUGCUGGGGCUGAGCCGAGCCGCCCCUACGGGCCAUGAGGUGACCUUCCUGCCCGGGCUGGCCAAGCAGCCCUCCUUCCGCCAGUUCUCUGGCUACCUCUGUGCCGGGCCGGGCAAGCACCUGCACUACUGGUUUGUGGAGGCCCAGAGCAACCCCCAGGGCAGCCCUUUGGUGCUGUGGCUGAACGGGGGCCCAGGCUGCAGCUCAAUGGAGGGCUUCCUGAAGGAGCAUGGUCCCUUCACGAUCCAGCCCGAUGGGGUCACACUGAAGUACAACGACUAUGCCUGGAACAAGAUUGCCAACAUACUUUACCUGGAGUCUCCUGCUGGUGUUGGCUUCUCGUACUCCGAGGACAAGAAAUAUGGCACAAAUGACACAGAGGUUGCUCACAACAACUACCUGGCACUGAAGGACUUCCUGCGGCUCUUCCCCGAGUACGCCAAGAACGAUCUGUUCCUCACUGGGGAGAGCUACGGGGGCAUCUACAUCCCCACGCUGGCCGAGUGGGUGAUGCAGGACCCCAGCCUCAAUCUGAAGGGAAUCGCCGUGGGAAAUGGCCUCUCCUCCUAUGAGAUCAAUGACAAUUCCCUGGUUUACUUUGCCUAUUACCACGGGCUGCUGGGUACCGAGCUGUGGCGGGACUUGCAGGCCUUCUGCUGCUCCCAGGGCAAGUGCAACUUCCAUGACAACUCCAACUUGAACUGCACCCUCAAGAUGCAGGAGAUGAUUCAGAUCGUGGAGGAGUCUGGCCUCAACAUCUACAACCUCUAUGCCCCGUGCGACGGUGGUGUCCCUGGGAGCAUGAGGUACGAGGGUGAUUGUCUCAUCACACACGACUUGGGCAACUCCUUCAUCCGGAUGCCUUUGAGGUUCUCCUGGCGGCAGAACCUGUUCCGGAUGCCGGUAGCUCGGAAUCACGUCCGGAUGGACCCACCCUGUACCAACUCCACCGCUCUCAGGGUGUAUCUGAACUCUCCGGAGGUGAAGAAGGCUCUCCACAUCUCCCCCGAUGCCCCGGAGUGGGACGUGUGCAGCUUCGAGGUGAACCGCGGCUACAAGCGCAUCUACAUGCAGAUGAACGACCAGUACUUGAAGCUGCUGGGAGCCACGAAGUACCGGAUCCUGGUGUACAAUGGGGACGUGGACAUGGCCUGCAACUUCCUCGGUGACGAAUGGUUUGUGGACUCCCUCUGCCAGAAGGUGCAGGUGGCUCGCCGGCCCUGGCUCUACUCCGAACAAGGCGAGAACCAGAUCGGAGGCUUUGUGAAGGAGUUCACCAACAUUGCCUUCCUUACAGUCAAGGGAGCUGGCCACAUGGUGCCCACGGACCGGCCGCUCGCUGCCUUCACCAUGUUCAGCCGCUUCAUUAAGAAUGAGCCUUACUAGUGUCUGCAGAGGCAGUGCCCGCCUGCCCGCCUGCCCUCACCGCUGGCACCUCCUGCAUCGCCUCUCCCAGCUGUGCCUGGGCUCCCUGCACCAUUGAACAGGGUCACUGCUGUGGCUGCUGGAGCUGGCUGGGCUGGCCAGGUCGGGGCCAAGGGCUCUGGGGCUGUGUCCUUGCUGGGUGAGGAGCUGUGCCCCUGCUGCAGCUACCUCCUUGCUUCUGGGUUCCCGUCUCCCCUGUCCCUGCCUGGGGGGCUGCUACUGGUACAGGGGGCAGCCGCAGCACAUCCCCACAGCCCUGGGCAGGCUCCAAGGCAGCUGCCUCUGCCAAGGAAGCACAAUUCACAUGGGGGCUGCUCCACGGGGGCUCUCUGCUCCUGUCCAACUCCCUCCCACAUCUGAUCCCAGGGAAGGAGGCUUUACCACGGAGCUGAUCCCACCACCCACUCCCUGCCCAGGGCACACCGUGCUUCUGGGACCUGGCAAUAAAUUCUCUGAACAAGG